AUCGAUCCAUUAAAUAUGGAGAGGUUAACUACCAGUUCCAAAUUCCAAAUUCCAAAUUCCAAAAUCCAAUGCAGAUAGCCAGAUACAGACUCAUCUCAUCUGAGUAAUCGUAAUCGCUUCGUGGAAUGUUUGUUGGAUAAAUUCUUUCUUCGAAUCCCUAUAUCCACCAUCAUCAUCUGUAAUCUGUAUAGAUCUGUUUGCCAUGAAAUUUUAGAUUGUUUUUCAGACACGACGGAAAUGAGCAGUGACAAGGAGGCCGUGAAACUGGACGACGAACAACUGGGAGAGCUCCGGGAAAUAUUCCGAUCGUUUGACAGGAACAACGACGGCAGCCUCACACAACUCGAAUUGGGUUCGUUGUUACGAUCUUUAGGUCUUACACCAAGCCCUGACCAGCUCGAUGCAUUAAUACAGAAAGCCGAUACCAACAGCAACGGCUUGGUGGAGUUCUCGGAGUUCGUAGCGCUGGUAGCGCCGGAGCUUCUUCCGGCGAAGUCUCCCUACACAGACGACCAAAUGAAGCAGUUGUUUAAGAUGUUUGAUCGCGACGGUAACGGGUAUAUCACGGCGGCAGAGCUGGCUCACUCUAUGGCAAAGCUGGGACAUGCGUUGACGGCGGAGGAGUUGACGGGGAUGAUCAAAGAGGCGGAUACUGACGGCGAUGGACGGAUCAACUUCCAGGAAUUCUCUCGGGCAAUCACUUCAGCCGCUUUUGAUAAUUCUUUUUCCUGAAACAUCAUCAUUCCGGCCAUGGGUUUCCCUUAUUUUCCUUUUCAGAUGAUCGUUGUAGCUUAUUGACAAAGGGGCUAGAAUCUCCAUAUCGGUGAUUAAAGUCUCUUCAACUUUCAUACAUGAUGAUACACAUUAUAAAGCAUGCAUUGUGAAUAUGUUUCAUGGUUGUUUGUUUCAUGAGUAUAGGUCACUUAUCGUGGAUAAUUAAGAACUAAGAAACAUGUGCAGAGAUGAAGAUAGAUCUGGUGAAGUCGAUGAUAUGAUGGGGCACAUUCAAAUAAUCUGUUCAUGUUUGGCUCGAAUUCCUUGCUUGCAUUGUUUUGUUUUGUUGCUAGUAAGCAUCAUUCAUUCAUAUAUAGCUACUUUUGGAACCAAAUUAAUGUUAGAUUCCCUUUCCCCAUCAUGCAUGGAUUUACCCGUCUGUCUUUUUGAUAUAAAAGAGUACUGAUCUAUUCGUUUACAGUUUUUGUAAUGUUUUAUAUGAAAAAGGUGUGUGCCAGAUGCUUUUUAGUUUUUACAAA